CGGAGGGGAGCGCGUUGGCAGGGCGAGGAGGCGGGGGUCCAGGCGAAGGGAAGGCCAGCCCGGGCGCACAUGGAGCCGGUCGCUUGCUCGCGAGGUGCCCCAGACCCGCCGGCGCGCUCCGAGCCCUAAAGAGCCGCCUCCCGCCCAGCCUGUACGCCGGGAGCUGUCGGAAGCGGAGGGGGUGGCCAUGCUGAGCCGCCGGGCAGCCCUCUAAGACCCGGUGAGACCUCCGAUCGACCCCCUGGGCCAGCGGGGCAGCCGGAUUUUGCCCGGGGAGGGGGCGCGAUCGCCUGCUCCCUCCCGCCCCGUCGGCGCAGCAACCCGCGAGCGGCCGGUCCGGCGCGGCGAUGGGAGUUUGAAGGCGCGCCAGGGUGCGCAGCCGCCCGUGCAAGUCGUCGCGGAUGCCUCGGUGAAGCCGGCGCCUGCCCGGCCGGGAUGGAGCCCUCCCCGGGGGUGGGCACCCUCUACCCGUGGGUGCUGCUGCUGCUGCUGGGCCUCCGCCUGGCCCCCGGGGCCGGCCAGCACUACCUGCACAUCCGCCCGGCGCCCAGCGACACCCUGCCGCUGGUGGACCUCAUCGAGCCGCCGGACCCGCUCUUCGACCCCAAGGAGAAGGACCUGAACGACACCCUCCUGCGCGGCCUGCUGGGCGCCCACUUCGACGCCGGCUUCAUGGCCGUCAGCGCCCCCCCGGAGCACCCCGAGGAGUCGGCCGAGCUGGAGGCGCUGCUGCGCCAGAGGCCGUCGGGGCCCAUGCCCGGCGAGAUCCGCGCGCUGGACUUCCCCGACGGCAAAAAGGCGCGGCUCAGCCGGAAGCUGCGCCGGCGGCUGCAGCUGUGGCUGUGGGCGCAGACGUUCUGCCCGGUGCUGUACGCCUGGAACGACCUGGGCAGUCGCUUCUGGCCCCGCUACGUCAAGGUGGGCAGCUGCUCGGGCAAGCGCUCGUGCUCCGUGCCCGAGGGCAUGCUCUGCAAGCCGGCCCGCUCCGUCCACCUGACCAUCCUGCGCUGGAGGUGCCAGCGACGGGGCGGGCAGCGCUGCGCCUGGAUCCCCAUCCAGUACCCCAUCAUCGCCGAGUGCAAGUGCUCCUGCUAGGGCAAGGCGGCGGGGAAGGGGGGGCGGCUCCCCCACCCCCAGAGACAUGUUCCCAGACCCUUCCCAGAGGCCAGCCAGCACCCAAGACACGUCGAGGCGUCCGGAGAUCCAGGAGCCCAGCAUCGCCGAGUGUCAACGCUCCUGCUAGGAAAGGGCGGCGGGGAAUCGGAGCAGGGCGCCUGCGCUGGAGGGCUAGCCCCCUGCCCCCUCUAAAUACACACCCCAGAGAAAUUUCCCCCAGAUUUCUCCGGACCCUUCCCAGCUGACCAGCGCCCAAGAGACUUUGACCCGUCUGGAGAUCCAAAACCCCGACGUAACCCAUUCACAUGUUUCCGCCGCAAAGGGAGACGCGUGCACUUGAUCGCCCGCCCCCCCCCUCCCCGAAGAAAACUCCCCCCUUCCCGUUUAAUCUGACCCAAAUUGGGUCCGGGAACCCAAAUUGGGUCCGCCCACCCUGCCUCGGCUAGACUGUGAUCCAUUCCCGACGACCCGGGUCGUCCUAUUCAGACGUUGCGCUGCGCUGUCACGUGUAGGAGACAAUCUGGGCUCUCAGGGUCCGAAGGUCAGUGUCGCAACGGUGAACUCCUUUCUGGUCUACUGUAUUGGCGAGGGGGCUUCGCCUGGAACCUUCCUUGCCCCCCACCCCCACCCCCACCCUUUUAAUUUAUAAUGCGGAGAAAAGCGUUCUGGGGGCCUGGGGGUCGCUUCGCUUCUCUUUGCCUUUUUUAUUUUUGGGGGGCGAAGUCGGAAUUUUUCUCGUUCAAACGAAAACGCGAACUUUUGGCAAGAGGGGGGAGGGGAAAGAAAACGUUUUCUCGACGGACAAGAUUUUUUUUCCAUUCUUCGGAAAACGUGUCUCUGCGUCCCGUGUGGGGUGUUGUUUUUUUAAAUGGACUUCCAAGAUAUUCUAAUAAAAGCUUAGGACGGCGUGUUAUUGUAUAUAGUGAACAAAGCUGUUGUUUUUUUAAAGGGGAAAAAAAUUGCCUUCGACCCUCUGUAAAUGGAAGAGUCCGCUAUUUAUUCUUUAUAUCUGUUUCCUUUGUAGUCGGGAAAAAAAGUCGAGCCCGAGAAUUAAAAUCAACCACUAAAACGCCAA